CUCUCUAUUUAAUUGGCCACGCAGCCGAACGAGUGUGAUUUUCUAGGGUUUUUGCUCCGUUCUUCUCUAGCAUCUCCAAAGCCUUAAAAAAUGACAAAGAGAACCAAGAAGGCUGGUAUUGUUGGGAAGUAUGGUACCCGAUAUGGUGCUAGUCUGCGUAAGCAGAUUAAAAAGAUGGAGGUUAGUCAGCACAGCAAGUACUUCUGCGAAUUCUGUGGCAAGUAUGCAGUGAAGAGGAAAGCUGUGGGAAUUUGGGGAUGCAAAGACUGUGGCAAGGUGAAAGCUGGAGGUGCUUACACUUUGAACACUGCAAGUGCUGUGACUGUCAGGAGCACCAUUCGAAGGCUGAGGGAGCAGACUGAGAGUUAAUUUGAUUGAUGAUAUAGUUUAUUGUGUGUUUUCUGUUUUGAUAUAUGGAACUGACUGCAGUGCCUCGUGCAAGUGUUUUUAAUGGUAUUUUCCUUUUGGGAUAUUUUGAACUGUUCAAUCACCAUUGGGAAAGAGAAAGGUGGUUGAUCUUGUAGCGUUUGCAUUGAGUUGAUAAAAUGACACCAGGAGAGCAAAAUCAUAUACCA